AUGGCUGACAACUUCAAUGAGAUUAUGUGCCAAGCUGAUAAGUCUGGGGGUGUGUCUGGGGCUUCUGCACCUAUGCAAGUGUUUAGGCAAACAAUGCUGGACUGUGGAUUGUACGAUAUGGGUUUCAUUGGCUCUAGUCGAGCCCUUACUCUCCAGCCAAAUGAGUCAGAUCACUGCCCCAUUCUUGUGGAGUUGAGAAUAGAUAGAAAUAGAGGGAGAAAGCCUACUCGAAAGUUUCGAUUUGAGGAGAUGCGGCAUGGCAAGGCAGAGUAUACGACCAUAAUUCAGCAACAAUGGGCUUCUCUAACUACUGGCAAUAUGCUUCAGCAAGUUAGUCGAAAGAUUUCUGCCACUAGUAAGAAGUUGCUUCAUUGGCACAUCACUGAGUUCAAUAAGCAGAAUUUGGAGUUAAGGGUCAUUAGAGCAAAGCUAGAGGAUAUUAUGAGACAUCCUUUCUCAUUAGAACAAUAUGAGGAACAACGUUUGCUGCAUGUAAAGCAUAGCCAAAUUCUCUCCCAGCAAGAGACUUAUUGGAGACAACGUUCUCGUGCAGUUUGGUUAAAAGAUGGGGACAAGAAUUCGGCCUUCUUUCAUCGUAAAGCCUCCAAUAGAAGAAGUAGAAAUUGUAUCAAGGGAUUACUUGAUGAUUCAGGAAUAUGGCAGGUUGAACCUGAUGUUGUCAAACGUAUGCUACUUGAGUACUACCAACAAAUUUUUGCCUCGGAAGGAAUAGAUGACCAUGCCCUAUCGAAUAUAUUUCGAGCCACUCCCAUGAAGGUUCUGCCUCAUAUGAAUAGGGAUCUGUUGCUGCCCUAUACUGAUAAAGAGAUUAGAGUUGCACUUUUUCAAAUGCAUUCUUCAAAAAGCCCGGAGCCUGAUGGUAUGUCACCUUUCUUCUAUCAGAAGCAUUGGAACAUUGUUGGAAUGGAUGUAUGCAUAGCUAUUCGUAAUUUUCUUGAAACAGAUGAUGUUGAUCAAUUGGGUUUUGAUGUACAGUGGGUGAGCAUCAUCAUGAACUGUGUCAAGUCUGUUACAUAUGCCAUUCUUGUAAAUGGAGAGCAAACUGAGCUGAGCAAUGUAGGAGAAUUGUUAAGCACCCUCAAUCCCUUAUUGCUCAACUUUAUAAAGCUAGAUACUUCUCAAACUGUUCUUUUUGGGAGGCGAAAUUGGGAGCCGCUCCAUCCUUCUCUUGGAGAAGCAUCCUUGAAGCUAGACCGAGAAUGGAUGCUUGAGAGAGCUUGUCAACUCAAGCCUGAAGUUUUUGAUAAGCUGCUGAUAACCAUUUGGUCGCUAUGGAAAAACCGUAACUCCAAACUGUGGGACAACCACUCAAGGUCUGCUGCAGAUCUCUUUCUCAGUUCAAUGGCGUGGCUUGAAGACUUUCAAAAAGCACGAGAGUCAAGCAAUCCUAAACAGUCCCUAGUCAGAGCGCACUGGAUGCCGGCAUCAAAUCACCUCCUUAAGCUUGAUGUUGAUGGAACUUUUUACCAUCUGUCAACCAUGGUGGAGUAG